UUCUGGAAACGCAGCAAAAAAGGGAAAGUCUGGGAUUUUCAGAUCAGUUCGAUCGAUCGCGCGAAAAAAAACACAGCUUUUGAAGCCUUUGAAACUAUGGCCGAAAACGACGACGAAGAAGGCUUCGGCGACUUCAAAUUCAUAUCUUCCUCAUCACCGCCAGAGACCGCCACCAUCACCGCCAACGACGAUGAUGAUUGGGGAGAUUUCAUGAUCUCCAGCAAUGCUCUCUCGCGCACCGAAUCCCUUCCUGUCAACCAGUUUCAUUUCGAUCCCUUCCCCAACUCGUCUUCUCCUCCAACUCAGCCCGGCUCGGCUCCUAGCCGAGUCGAGUCGGUGAAAAACCAUUGGGCCAAGCUGAAUGGAGCUUUACCGUUAUCGCUUUUCGGGGAGGAAGAAAAAGAGGAAGAGGGAUCCGGUGCGGUGGACUCAGGGUUUAAUGGUGCAACUUGGACGUUUUCAUUUCCUAAAAGGGAUGGAAGUUUAAAGGGAAAAGGAUCGGAUUUGCAUGAUUUGUUAGCGGAUUUGUAUAAACAAAGUGAGCGGGGAAAGGAAGGAAAUGCUUGCGGGUCGGGUUUGGAUGUUAAGAAGGAAGUUGAUGUGAAUCGUAAGGUGGAGACUGGGAAUUGGAACGGGUUGAACUUGGAGUUAAAUGGGUCGGUUUUGAAGGUGGAUGGGUUGGAUUUGAGUGGAAAUGCUUCUGCUUUGGAUAAAAAAGAGGAGAAUUUAGGUUCAAAUGGGGCUGGGAUGGAAAGAAAAGAAGGGAAUUUGGGAUUAAGUGGGUUGGAUUCGGGCUCAAACGGAGCAGUUUUGCAUCAGAACGGGUCGAUGUUGGAUUCAAAUGGGGGGAGCUCUGAUUUGGUUGAUGGGGAGGAGGAGGAGGAUGAUGAUGGGUGGGAAUUUAGGGGUGCAGAAUCAAAAGCAGAAGCUGGUGUUGAGAAUGUGAAGAGUGAUCAGAGUGAGCCAAUUUCGCAUUUCAGUUUGUCGGCUGUGAGUUGGGAUCCAUUGGGCACAAAUGUCAUGGGGCCAAAUUUGAAUGAUAAUGGGGUAAAUUCUAAUGUAAGUAGGUUGAACUCUAGUUUAGUUGACGAAAAUGAGGAAUUUGGUGAUUAUGAUGGAUGGGAAUUCAAGACUGCAGAAUCAGAGGCACGCUCUGGCACCGGCAGUACUAAGGUUGACAGCAGAGAGCAGGAAAAUCCUAAGGAAGUUGAAUUUGGUGCUGGUUUUGGGAAUGGUGAGAAUGGUCGUCGUGAUUUGUUUGUCACAUCAGGUGGAAUCUCUAACAAACCUGGUGAAUGGGAUGUAGGAUUUAGUUUUGCGCCGAGUUUUGGAACUCAAAGCAUGCAGAAUGAUAUAAAAAAUGGCGUAAUUUCUUCUUCCAUCGAUAAAAAUAUUGAUUCUGACGAAAUGUCCUGGGCUUUUAAGGACACAAUACCAGGAAAUGGAUCAAAGACUAAGGAAGAGCCAAAGCUUGCUGAUGCUUCUUCUUCUGGUGUGGAGGACCUUUUAUUUGACAGUCUUAUCCAGGGGAAUAAGGAAAGGGUGGAGAAACACAAAGGCGCCUUGCCCCUGUCCAUCUUUGGUGAUGCGGAACUUGAAACUAAUGAUUCAUUGAGAUAUGAAGAUGUUUCCAUUCAUAAACCUACCUCCCCAAGAACUGUCAUGAAGGAUACCCAUUCAAAUAUAUCUCUCAAUGAUCUUAUAUCAAGUUUAUAUAGUCAAGCUGAGAAUAAUGCUUCUUUAAAUCACAUAAGCAAUCCAAGUGAAGAUCUUUCCUCCCAGACAGUGGUGGAUUCCAAUUUAGUAAAUGAUGAUAACGAUUUUAAUGACGAUUCCUGGGAAUUUAAAGGUGCCGAUUCUGGAACCCAAGGAGAAAACCAGAACUCUCUGCAUCGUUAUGGAGAGUCAUAUGAAAAAUACUCUACCAAAACAUGGCUAGAUGAGUGUGUGGACUUCUAUUCUAAAAUGACAGCUGAGUUGUGCUUUGUUGCACUUAUCCAUCUUGACAAUAUGAAGAAAGAUCAAAGUAUUGCUGCUCCUUUUGGUGAAGAUGCUGAAGUAAAAGCCAUUGAGGAGGAAAUCCAGGGUCUAUACACUGAACUGUACAAAGAUGGCAUAUUAUCCAAAGAAGUGGCCUCAGAGAACCUCCAAUCAAGAAGUAUUGACCUAGGUGAAUUUGCCAAGAUUCUGCAGGAAAAAAAGUUUCAAGUUCUCGAAUCAGAAUAUCACUUAACAGAGAAAUUACUACUGGCAGAGAAGGAUUUGAGAAUGGCAACUGAAUUCUUGAAACAUGCUGCAUCAACACUGAAGGUUCUAAAAUUGGGAUCUUUUGAGGAUCAAUCUAAUUAUAUUUCUACAUGGUUGAGGAUUUUGUCUGCUUGUGCACAAGAGCUGAAACAUGGUGCCUUGAUUUGGGAGCAGUCAUUACAGAAAAACAUUCACAGUCAAUUAUUAUCCAAAUCUCAAGGCAGGCAGUACGUUUUAGCCCUUGGAGAAAUUUACAGAGUUGUCAAGAUUGUUGAAUCUUCGUCCAAACUGUACAAGCCUUGGAUAAUGUUUAGUUCUGAACAUCCUACUAACAUCCUAGCUCUUGUGAGGGAGUGUUCUACUUUGUGGUCAAGUUCAGGACUUGAAGAGGCCCUUCAAAGUCUGUCUGAUCCAACUGAUUUAAAAUAUGACAUUGAAGCUUUACUUGGUUCCAUCCAGAGUAUUCAUGAUCUUGAUACACAUGACCUCUAUAAACAAGUCUUCUCCGGACAAGAAAGUACAUGCUGCCUAUCAGGUUUAGGUGCAGGAUCAGUGCCAGGCAUGAAAAUGGUGGUUUGGGAUGGGCGGCAUUACUUUGUAACCAUUGUGAACAUGUGGGCAAAUUUAAUAAGUCGUGAUCCACCAAAAUUGCCACACAUACAUGCUAGCAAAUGAGGAUGGCAUGGGAAGAUAAAAGGUGUAUUUCCCGAAAGUUUUGUAGCAGAGACCACACUGAAAAAUUUCACUGUCCAGGACGAGGCUCCUGGAUUGUAAUCAGAGUUGCCCGAAGUAUAAGUAUCUCACUCUGGUAACAAAAAUGCAGAACUGAAUUUUCCAGAUCCGAUCAGAUGCAAGGUGCCUAGUCUGAACAAGCCAGGUAUCUAAGUCAGUUGUUUACAUCAUUGGCAGUCAAUUCUUUUUGUGAGAGCUGUAAUAUAGCAAAUAGAUGUAGAAAUGAUUGUAUCAUCUUGUGAUUCUAUUGUAUUCUAUUAUUCAUUUGCAAACUGGGUGUGAAUCAAAUAAGCACCCCCCCACAUCUAGAAAAUAAAAGUUGAGUCAAAAUAGUUCAUCGGCACCCUACAUUUCUCAUGUUGUACUGCAACUUCAUCAAUGAUUCAAAUGAUGAAUGAGAUUUUGUUGUAA